AUGGGCAGGCAACAAGUGUCCACCACCAAUACAAAGAACCCCGAACUUCGCACAUUCUCCAGUAUACCCAACAAAUCCACCACGACGCCUAAUCGCCACUCGCUCUCCGGGUCGUCGCGCUGGGGUCUCUUCGGGCACGAGAACGCCGCGACCACCUACAACAAGCUCUCCAGCGAGAUGCGCGACUCUUACGUCGGCAACAUGCCUCUGGAGGUCCUCUUCGGUCAGAUCCUGACCGCCUCUGUACCUCGCGACAAAACUCUCCAUCCCGACAUGGACUUCACCGAGGUUUGGACGAGCGUGGAUGCGACGGACAACCACAUCAUCACUUAUAAUCCCAGGACCACCCUGAUCAUGGCUAAGGUGAUUAACGAAAGCGGCAUCUGCCCUCACAUUCACUUCGCCUCCACGGAGAACUGCCAUCUCGACCAGGCCGGGCCACUCGCACCUGGCGAUGGUCUCGAGCGUCGCAAGGUGGACCUCAGCGGCUUAUACGUCUCCGAUCCCCAGCAACCACACAAGACUGCUCCUGACUUCGCCACCAUGCGCCUCCCCAUCGAGCUGAAGCGCAAGAUCGAAGAUAUCGUUGUGAACGGCAACGCGAAGUGGACUUCGGCACAGCGCAAGCAGCAGGGUCUUCCGCACCAGACCGCACCCGCUAUCCACGCCCGUGGCCAAUCAUCAUCCUAUGCCCUCAACCAGCAACAGCAACAAGCGCUCACUCAAUCGUGGAGCAUGGUCAUCGCCGGCGAAACGGCGCGCAUCCUCAUCUUCGAUCACAGCGGCGUGAUCGUGACGGAGAGCUUCGACUGGAAGACUGGAAGCGUCUUCACCGAGUUCUUGUGGCGGCUGGAGCGGGCUUCCGCUGAGGUUGUUGGGCUCGACGACUCUGUGGUUGAGGGUCCGUUGUCCGAGAGCGUAGAGAGUGCCGCCCGCGCAGCUUUCGAGGACCUCAAUAAGAGGGACUGUGCGCCGUACAAGGUCACACCGGACGAGCCACUGCGCACUGUGCGCGUGUGGGACGAGGGCGAGAUGGUAGAUGGCGAACCGAAGGUCCGCGAAUACGUCGCGACGUAUCCUGUGGAGCUCCCGCCGUCGCUCGUCAGCCGGUGGACAGUCGGAUACCUCGCAUACGACAUUGCUACCAGGGCCGUGCACUGGAUCAAGGACUCGUGGCGACUUGCGGUCCCGGAGUUCGACAAGGAGGGGUUGACGUACCAGCGCUUGAAGGAGGCGGGCGUGCCCAACCUUCCUGUGGUGGUGAGCGCCGGCGAUGUACGCUGGAAGAGCGGGGUGGUGCAGACGACGCGCGCGCAUCAGUACACCGGCGCCGACUGGGCGCACUUGACGCAGAACGUCAAUCCGCUGGUUCAUUACCGCAUUGUCUUUGCGACGAUUGGGAAACCACUACUUCGGUUCAACUCCUUCAAACACUUCUGCGAGCUUCUCCUCGAAGCGCUCAAAGCUCACGCCGUGGCGUACGAGAAGGCGAAGAUUCUGCACCGCGAUAUCAGCACUGGCAACAUCCUGAUCGACGAACACGGUCACGCUCUUCUCAUCGACUGGGACCUCUGCAUGGACAUCACGAAAGCGGCGGCACGGAGGCCGUGGCGCACGGGAACGUGGCAGUUCAUAUCGGCAGCGUUACUCAGUCUACCUACAGUCAAAGCGCACCAGCUUCGUGAUGACCUGGAGUCGUUUUACUGGGUUCUACUCUACGUGGUCCUACGGUACCGCUAUAUUCCAUCAAAGUAUGUGGAAGACUCGGACCGGCAUAGGCGUUACAUGUCUCUUCUGUUCGACUUCGUAGAGAAAAGCGGGCCGCUUUCUCGCGGCGGCUUCCGGAAGCAGCACUACCUCAAGAAGACCGGCGAGCAUCUGUCCGACGCUGAUUUUGAUGAGAUGAAGGAUGCAGACGGCGCUGAAAUACCCGCUGCCCUUCCUUGGCUUCUGGCUACUUUACGCGAUGACCUGGCCAAGCUCUACGUCGAAACGUCUCCGGAGAGGAAACCAAGUCUCAAACGCAAGGCGCCAUCACAGGCCACAAACGUUCCCCCGCCAGCCGGUGGUACUACUGGACCGCCGCCGUCAGCACCGGUGGUGAUGGGUCCCUUUGAUUCGUCGGACUACAUAAUCUCUGUCUUCACGGAGGCUUUGGAGGAGGGUGAUUGGCGAGAUGAUGAUUCGGCAUGCGAUCGCUUCAAGGACCUCAGUCCUCCCCGUCGCGCCCGUUUACGGCUUCAAGACAUCGCCUUACCGCCCCCCGUCAUUUUGAACGCUUCAGUCUCCAACCCGGAACUUCUCCAUCGCAAACAUGAGCUUGACGCCACUCUCACUCUAGAGGAGCAUGAGAAGAGCAUCGAGAACAAGAGGGCGACGCGCGCGGUGGCACAGGAACGUCUUGCCACUAUCGAAGAGGACGGCGACUUCCACCCCCACCCCAUUGUUCGCCACCUGCCACGUACUCCGAAACGGCGCAGACUGGAGGAUAACCGAGCGGGUUACGCCUUUAGCGCAGCCGCUAGUCUGGAUCUGUCGGGUCGUCGAUCCACCAGCCCCAGCGAAGACGCUUUACCGAUGCCUCCACGCCCUCCCAAGGACUGGUAUCCUUAG